AUGGAGCCCAUGGCCUUGGUGGCAGAGCGUCCUCUGCCUCCCGUCCUGUCCCUGGACCCUCAGCACCCCUUUUACAUCCUGGGAGAAGAGCUCAGCCUGAACUGCAAGGCUCCUAAAGGACAGGCCGUUGUGAUCUACAGAUUCUUCAAGGAUGAACAAGGCCUGCGACUUAGGGAACUCUUCCUUGAACACAAAGGGCUUCACAAAACUUUACAAGUGGGUGAAAAUACACCUGGCCAGUAUGUCUGCAUGUACUGGAUGCUGACCCAGGACAGGCGGCAGAUUCAGUCCCUUAAAAGCAACACAGUCUCCAUAGCUGUGAGAGAUCCUCCCCCGACUCCUGAGCUGAAGGUGGAUCCUCCAUCUGGGCAGGUCUCUGAAGGGCACACCCUGCUUAUCACUUGUUCAUUCAAUGGGAGCCACACAGGGAAGAGUUUCCAUUUCUACAAGGAUGGAGUUGAGAUUGGGGCCACCAACCAAGCAUCUAUGCAUUGUUCCAAAGGGCCUGGAGGUGCCUCUUCCAACAUCUCUCUGAGCAUCUGCCUACAAGCACAGCCCAACCACACCGGGGAAUUUGCCUGCAGGUAUGAAGAAAACAUGAGUGGCAGGUGGAUUAUGUCUCCCUGGAGCCAGAAGGUCAAGGUCACAGAACCAUCAAACGAACACCAGGAAGAACUGGAGUCAGGAGAAAGGGAGAGCAUACCACUCCAAAGCCGUGGUUCCCAAACCUUUCCAAUCACGGAACCCUCCAGAAGCCUCCCCCCACCCACUGCCCCACAGACCCCUAACCGUGUCCCUGAUCUUCCUGCAGAACCUUAACUGUGUCCCUACGUGUUGUUGUGAGGCUACAAAGCUCUUCCUUCUUUCAUGUACUGCUAUUUCCGCUGUGUUUUGGAAAUAAAGGGAUUCAAAUUUC